AUGCCAUACACUGCGCCGUUGAAGCCGUUGCUCUCCGCGCAGCACAUUGAAUACUCUGAUCCCUCUUCACAAGUUCACCCUGAACGACCGGGCCUGGUUCGUUCCGCCUCUGGGCGUUUACAGAACUCCCGUUCUUAUUCCUCUACAUCGUACGUUCGUCGACACCGAAGGAGCCCGUCGAUCAGUAAAUCGACAGUGCAUUCCUCCUCGGACCCCACCUCCCGGACGUCACCGGUUAUUGACCCUCAUGCCAGUCUUCGUCAAUCACCUCCACCAGUAAGCAAUGCUGCGAUUCCUGUCGGGGCGGUGAUCUCACCGCCCGAAUCCGCCCCAAACUCCAGUGACGAGGAGUCGCUGUACCGUGAGGGUAUCAAGCUGGAAGAGCUCGAGGCUGCUGUCCGAUCAAUCGGCCAAAGGAGGGAAAGCUCGCCAGAUAGAGAGAACAUGGGCCCCGCCGAACGCUCGAGCACCGAGGCUCCGUCCUCAAGUUCGUCAACAGUAACACUUAACCCGGAUCCCAAGCCCAACCACUUCCGCCUGUCCAAGUCCGCAAGAAAGAUCUCCCACUCACGAUCUUCCACCGAAACAGCAAUUGAUCUGAAGCGUGAGGAAGCUCUUACUAGUUCGCCUGAUGACAGCGAUGUGGAAAUGUCUAAUAAACCCCCCAUGGUUCGGAAGAAGUCUGGUGAGCUGGUUCGUCCGGCCCUCCGUCCCGCAUCGGCCCGGCGACGACCGUCCAGCAUGCCGGGUACCCCGGUCUAUGCCAAGGCCGUGCACUUUGACUCGCAGUUGGAGCACAUCCGUCACUUCCUGCAACUUGAUCGACCCUUAGCUGUCAGUGCAAAUACCUCCCCGGUGGAGACCCACGACGCCGAUCACGAGUUCCCAUUCGGCAUCGACGACAAUAAGCCAUCAUGGGAAUGGGAGCUUCGGCUACCCAACACCCCUAGGGAAAUUUCUUCAUCGUCCAAUCUUCCAGUCCAGCUGGAACGUUUGUUCUUGUCUGCAGAUAAGAAGGUUCUGCUUGGUACCGUGGCUGUAGCAAACCUUGCCUUCCACAAACAUGUGGCUGCUCGCUUCACGCUUGAUUGCUGGAGAACCACAUCCGAAGUCGGCGCGGUUUACUGCCAUGAUAUUCGUCGGAAGCAUGCUCACGAUGGGUAUGAUCGGUUUUCGUUCGAACUCAAGUUGGACGAUCAGGCCAACUUAGAAAGCAAGACCAUGUCAAUCUGUAUUCGCUACAAUGUGAAUGGUCAGGAGUUCUGGGAUAACAAUCUUGGAAUGAACUACCAGGUUGAUUUCAUCAAGACACCCAGGGUCGCCUCCACCAAGCCAUCAGGCGGAGCUCGCCCUACUCUUCCCCGCAGCCGAACCUUUGCUACUUCCCACUCGGCUCGUCCUCGCUCGAUGCCUCCAUCUAUGGAUGAGUCGUCAUUCGACGAUUUCCCGAAUGUGGGCAAGAACGUUGGCUUCUCAAAUCCGUUUGGGAGUAGCAAGGGAUCUCCGCUAAACCGGACUUCGUCGGAUGAUAUUGACACGAUCGGACCGCCGAAACGGCGCGAGAGCCAGAAUCGUCAAGGAUUAAGCAACCGAUAUGAUUUCGGAGCAUCCUUGACCGCUGCCAUGAAGACUAAGACCCCUCUUGAUCGGACCACACUGACUGCUCGGGCACGAUCUGAACGGACCCCUGAGGCAAAGUCGGCUGCGGGGCCUGUGUCAACCAAAGUAUCUGCAGUGAGCGAAAAAGCUCGGAAGGAGGAUCUGAAACCUUCCUCACUGGUUUCUAGCAAACCGAACCUCGAGUCCUCAGUGUACAAAGAGUUGGUGGACAAGUACUGCUUCUACGGCUCCCCGAAGUCAAACGAAGAGGCGCCGUGCCCCGUCGUGAACGUGAACAACGAGGAGCCCCGGAAGCAAUAUUCUUUGGGCGCCCCUUCACCCCCACUGUCCCCUCGGUCUCCAGCUCCUCUGGAGGCACCGACUGAUGCGUCCCGUGAACCCCGCCCUUCGACCUUGGCUCCGGCCCAGGCUUCGAGCCCGCGAGUUUCUCCGCGGACGUCCCCACGUGCGUCCCCGCGAGCCUCGCCCUCGCCGAUACCUUUUCGGUACCCGUACCACCAAUCAUUGCAGAACGGAUUCUUGAAAGACCCUCAUUCGUCCCCCGUCAUUAGAGGGGGAUUCGAAGUUUCGUUUUCAAAUAUGGGUCCGGACUCGGUUUCCAUUCCCUACUUUGCCGAAAGUGCAUAUGCGCCCUGCGUCGGUGUCCUGUGA